AUGCACAAAAUCAAGAUGACGAUGACCAUACGACCGUUGAAAUGUAGCAGAUCAGAGUCUCUGGUGGGAAUCGAACCCACAACUAGACCCGAGCACAAAUUACAUGUUAAAUUCGCCGAACAUGUUGUGUGUGAAGAUGAAUUUAAAUAUGCUUUGUUGGCCAAUAAUUGUACAUGUCCUGGUGCCAGUACAUUAGUUACUUUACUCUUGCAUACAUCAAGGGGCCAGGAAGGUCAACAAUCACCCGAAGAAUGGCAUCGUCUCUAUGGCAAAUGUUCUGGCAAUGAAAUCUAUCAUAUAGUUUUAGGAGAUAGUCGUUUUUUCGGAGAAUAUGAAGGAAAAAGUUUCACUUAUGCAAGCUUUCAUUCACAUCGAAAAUAUGGUGUGGCUUUAGUUGGUGUACGACCAGCACAAUUGCCAGAAUUCUAUGAAGACACCAUACUGCUGAAUCCUGGUCCACGACAUAUAAUGAAAAAAGAUGAUACCUGCUAUUAUAUGAGUAUAACGAAAGAGGAGAAUUCUGCAUUUGUCGUUAAUCAAAAUCAACAAAAUCAAAAUGCAGAUCCAGCAACGGGUAAAGAUGGUGGUGUUAGAACAGCAACAACUAAUACUCCAAUAACAACUACAACAACAACUAUUAACAAUAAUAAUACAACAACAAACAUCAAUAAUACAAUCAUCAAUAUCACAACUUCUUCUUCUACCACAUCCAUCAUCAACAAUAAUAAUGUGAAUAAUAAUAAUAUGAAUGUGUAUGCAACUGCAACCGCAACUACAACAGCAACAACUAUUACUACUAAUAAUAAUAACGCAACAAAUCUAAUAACAACAACAGUAUCAUCAUCAUCAUUACCAACAGCAACAAUAACAACAACUACUACUACAAAUGCAACUAGUACUACAGCAACAUCAAUACCAAAAUCACCAUCAUCAUCGUCGCACAAGUUUCAGGUGCCCAUACCGUCGGUUUGUGUCCGUGUGCCACAUACAAGUACAAAUAGUUAUUUUCAUUGCAAUACAGUUGGCGGUAAUACACCUGUCACUGAAAGGCCUCAUCAAAAAAACAACAAUCAUUUUCAUCAUCUUAAUAUUAAAUCCUCUUCCGAAUGUGAUUUUACAACACUAUUUGUGCCAUCAGAUAAUCCUACAUCUGUGAUAAUAUCGGAUUCAAAACCGAAUCUAAAAGAUACCGCUGUUACAUCGACAAAUGCAACGCAAACACCAGCAGCAACGACAACAACCACUGUCACAAACACGACGACGAUACCCUUAAGUUUAGGUGGUGGCAGCGGAGGAAGUGCGAGCGGAGGCGGUAGUUCUAUGGGUAAUACUUUGGCUGUAAGUUCGGCACUAGGCGGUGGAGGUGGCGGCGGUGGUUUAACUGUAGCCUCAACAACUGGUAACCAUUUAGAAUUGCCACAAACGGGUAAUCCUAACUUAUUAAGUCCGGAUAUUUUAAAUCAAAGAAGAGGAAGUAGACGUCCUUCUAUCUUACCCGUACCUGAUAUGUUCACCUCCUCCUCAUUUAGUAUAUCUGGUAAUGAUGAUGGCGAUGAGGGUGAUGAAAGUGAUGACGAAAUCGAGGAUGAUGUACCAUGGCGUUCGCCGUCAGAAAAAAUUGCCAUCGUUAAAGGAUUUCCUCCUGUGUCACCGUUUAUUGGUGUUAGUCCCACGCUCUGUUAUUUACUUAAGGAGAAGAAACCAUUAUGCUGUUUACAGUUAGCACAGGUCUGUGAACAUUGUGGCUACCGUAAUGCCAAAGAAUAUCAAUGGCAAAAUAAAACAAUAAUUUUAGCUGCCGACUAUGCCUCGAAUGGUAUUUAUAACUUCAUCAUACCGUUGCGUGCCCAUUUCCGUUCGAAAACCUCAUUGAAUCCAAUUAUUUUACUGUUAGAGCGUAGACCGGAUGUGGCAUUUUUGGAUGCUUUAUCGUAUUUUCCAUUGGUUUAUUGGAUGCUAGGCUCCAUAGAUUGUCUAGAUGAUUUACUAAGAGCUGGCAUAACAUUAGCGGAGAGUGUGGUAGUUGUAAAUAAAGAACUCUCAAACUCAGCCGAAGAAGAUUCACUGGCAGAUUGUAAUACUAUAGUGGCCGUACAGACUAUGUUCAAAUUUUUUCCUAGCAUUAAGAGUAUUACAGAAUUGUCACAGAGUUCCAAUAUGCGUUUUAUGCAAUUUAGAGCUCAUGAUAAAUACGCUUUACAUCUGAGUAAAAUGGAAAAGCGGGAGAAAGAACGUGGCUCUCAUAUAUCAUAUAUGUUUCGUUUGCCCUUCGCUGCCGGUGCCGUAUUUAGUGCCUCAAUGUUGGAUACCUUACUCUAUCAAGCAUUUGUCAAGGAUUAUGUUAUAACUUUUGUAAGACUAUUAUUAGGUAUAGAUCAGGCACCGGGUAGUGGUUUUCUAACAUCGAUGCGCAUUACCAAAGAUGACAUGUGGAUACGUACAUAUGGCCGUCUAUAUCAGAAAUUAUGCUCGACGACUUGUGAAAUACCAAUUGGCAUAUAUCGUACUCAGGAUACUUCCAAUACGGAAGCAACACAUGUGAGUAAUUCACCUGUAGACAAAUGGGGACCAUUUUCAGCUUUCGGAAAGCACUGUGUGCGCUUGCGACCAUCGUAUGAUGAGGAAACUAAUGCCACACCCGAGUCAUCUAAAGGUAGUAAGGAAGUAUUGCACAGUGUUACAUAUCGACCACCAUCAUCGGGUGGCCCACACUCGCAUCAUUCCCAUCAACAUCAUAAGUCGACUACCUGUUUGGGUGGAUGUACCGAUCGCAAGGGAUCAACAUCAUCUAUGUUUUUUCAGUACUCGAUCAAUUUGGCAGAUGAGGCAAGAGAUAAUCAUGCGCAGCAAAUCGAAAGGGCAGAAAUAGCGAAUUUAGUAAGAAGUCGCAUGGAAUCAUUAAAUUUACCCACCAUUGAUUAUGAUGAUGUAAGCGAGAAACGCAACCAUUUAUCGUAUGUGAUAAUCAAUCCAAGCUGUGAUCUUAAAUUAGAAGAAGGCGAUUUGAUUUAUUUAGUACGUCCUUCACCCUUUUCGGCGCAGAAGACCUUUGAACGUCACAACUCCCGACGCAAAUCCAACAUAUCAUUUUGUUCGAACAUCAAUUUGGGUGCUGCUUGCGGUCCGAAUGUCAGCUCUGUGGGUGUCAAUUCUAGUACUGGCGCCGGUUCGAGACGUGGCUCCGGCAUGGGUCUAAAUCCCAUGCAAAUGCAGAGUGUUCAAACAUUGGCCGGUCCUACAGUUGUUGGCUCGCAGCGCGGUCGGAGUAAUUCAUUACGGAUUGAUAAUGAUAUAUUACUACGACGUUCGUCGUCCCUGCGUCAGGGUUUGCCAAAUGUUGGUGUUAAUACGGGUAGAAGAAAAUCUUCACUGGAGGAAAUAGGCAUUAGUCAUUUUACCACCUUAAUGCAGGCCACUAAUCAUACUAACCCCAUUAAAAUCGCUCUCAAUGGUAGCAUAGGCUUAGAGAAUCGUAUUUCAUUACAGGUCACACCGCCCGAAGAGCCUACACCGAUAUUGGGUGUACCCUGUGUUGUGCCUUCCGGUCAAGGUGGCGGCAUUAAUCCCUCGACUUUGGGUGGUGGUUCUACGCUAAAUAUCAAUAAUGUUGAUUUGUCACCCAGUCCAAAUACAAAUUUACCCCUGCAAUUACCCCAAGAUCAGUCACAAGGUGGAUCACAAUCACAAUUGCCAUCACCGCAACAUUUGCAGGGUACAAUUGUAUGAUACAACCUAAUGUGGGGUCGCCGACUCCGCUCCUCGAUGUCGAAGAAAAAUAAAUGGAUUUAAUUUACCAUCAAAAUCUAUAUGUAAAGCAUUUAGAUGGAGGAGUGCAGCCAAACGACGAUGUGAGACCCCUCUAUCUUUCUAAUGGUUAAAUAUUCAAAAUCAACGACUUGUACAUUAAACUUUUCAAUAGUUUUGUUUAAAUUUAGGUUUAUUUUGUUAUUUAAAUUUUUUGUUAUUAGAUUUUAAGCAAAAAAAAGAAAAACAUGAAAACUAACUUUAAGAUUACGUAGUUGGCCUUCUUUACUAAUUCUCUCUUACGUUGUUUCCUAAUUAAUUUUAUGUGUUUAUAAAUUUUAUUUAUUAAUGUGUUUUUGUUUUAGUUGUUUAAAAAGGAGUUCAAUUAAAUUAAUGCAACUUUGUUUUUGAGAAUUAUUUAUAAAAUAAUAUUUUUUUAAUAAACUUAUAGUUUUUGCAUGGACUUUCUUAAAGAUUUUUAGUUUUAAGUGGAAAAUUCUCUACACGGAAAACAAUUCAUAACUACAAUGAAAAAUUUAUAAAUAAUUCCUAAAACAUUUUCAUUCUAAAUAAGAAAAGUUCAUAUUUCAACUGUUUCAACAUCUCAAGACUAAGUUCUGUUGGAAGAUUAUUAAACUAACCGUGGAGUCCAAUUAGCAUUAUGGGCUUUGCAUAUGAAUCCCUUAUGUAUAUGUAAUUCGAGAAUUUUUCGUACAAGUUUAGGCGACAUUCGCAACUUAACGAAAUCAGUCGGAAUUCAUUUGCUCCAUUGUGGAUUCUUGUACAGAAAUUGGCACCUGAGUUCUUAAUUAUUGCCGAGAUUAUUUUAAGGUAAACGAAGAAAGAUUAAAAAAGUACGAUCUUGGGUACAUGAUCUGUUUGAAGAUAUAUUCUGCACUUUUUAUAAUGUAUUAUUUAUCAGUUUCACGACUUUAAAACAAAAUGUUCCAACUGAAAACGGUAUCGUAAGAAAAUGAAACGCAUUUCUGUACAUGAAUUUGACCGGUCCAAGUGCUUGGGAAAGUUUAAUAUUCUGAUGGCGCGAUCUGAGAGAACUAGAGAGAAUCUAUUAAUUCUUCUAACAAAUUUAAUUAGAUUCGUUAUGCAGGCCGACAAAAUAUGAAAAACAUCACAAAUCACUUUAUAAACCGAAGUUGACAGGUAAUAUCGAUUUUAAUAGCAGUAAUAACAGGACACUGGAUGCUAGGCAGACAUGCAAAUAGGCUUGAGCUACCUUUCAAUGAACACUGUCGCAGUUUCAAAGACAGGGAAAAGGAAGAAAUGGUCUUCCAUCUUUUCUGCGAUUGCCCUGCUCUAUCUGUAAAAAGAAACCGUUUCCUUGGCAGCUUACAGUAGCUUUAUGAUAUCCAAAGAUUUCUCACUGCUAUAGGCAGGAUUUAAAAAUGUAAUAUACUACAUCUGACGAGUGGAGUGGUCCGGUCAAAAUGGAGUCUCUUGAGUCUACUUUACUUUACUACCACGUUAACCAACGAACUAAACUAUUCUGCCAGAUGAAGAUAUCUCGAAAACGAGAGAAGAUAUGUUGUUUGAAACUUUAGGUUAUGAUAUCUCAAAUUUCAGAUGUGUUGUAGAAAUUCUAAGUUUGGAUUCGGAUUGAGCGUAGCUCUAUAUUAUAGAAAAGAACCCUUUGAUCACAGGGUUUGGUCGAUUUGUGUUAUUAUCUAAUUUUUAAGACCGAUUUUGAAAGUAUGUGUCAAAAUCGUUAGCUAACAGAUUAGGGCAAUUACAUGAAAGAUGCUAUUUGAUUCGACUUAUUCGUCUGAACCACUUCCGCAAUAAGUAUAAAUAUGUCUAUUCUCCGUUUGACAACUGUGGUAUUCUGCAUUUCGAUUCGAAGCUUUAUCACUAAAAUAACAACUUACAAAAACGUAGUUAAGCAAUGAAAUAAAAUGAAAUUACUUCUUCUUUUUCUUUCGAUUCCGUUUUGAUUGGAAUACCAAUUUUGAUCGUUACCUAAGAUCUCGUUCAAACUGUGAAACUUUUGUUGGAAAACUUUUGAUUUUGUGAGUAAGAGAAAGAGAUGGUUGAUAUUUCUUUCUCUUUCUCUCACACACAAAAAUCAAAAGUUUCCCAAAAAAAGUUUCCUAGUGUGAACCAGGUCUUACUGAAUGCGGUAACGUGAUCGAAAUGCAGAAUAGGAGUGUUUUUACGAUUGAUAUAUGACAAUAACAGAGUAAGAUGAAAACAGCUGUUUCACUUUUUUUGUAUGUGUUU